UCUGUCAUGUGGAAAAGUGCAUUCUACUGAAAAUACGAGAUGCAAAAAUCUCUAUUGAAGUUAAAGCAGCAAGAGUAUUUGAUGGAAAAGAAUCUCGCUAACUUGAUGGAGAACAUGAAACUAGAACCAGAAGUUCUACGACCCGUUUUGCAUAAAAUGAGUGACAUCUCGAAAAACAGACACAUUUUUCUGGAUAGCGUGAGAAGACGUUUGGAGGAAAUUUCCGAUGAACUUCAAUCAGUAAAAUCUGCCACGAAUUGUCCUGAAAAGAUCCAGAAGUUAGACACAAAUGUAUACAAACAACAGCUCGUGAGACUGUCGGAAAAAAUUCGGGACUUCAAGGAGUCUUGUCAACUGCAAACUUUGUCGCAGGAGCAAACAGCUCUCGAGUCUGAAUUGCGCGAAUUUCAAUCGAAUUUGCAUAAGUAUGAGAGUGCAACCGGUAGCAAACCGACGUUUGCCACAUCCUCUAACAAGGAAAAUAAAAAGUGCAACGAUUAUAAGGGGAUCCAAGAUUUCCACGCGUUAAUUGCUAAAACAGGCUAUACCGAUAACUGGAGCGACGAGGAUCACCUGCUGUUCCUGAAAAUGCGAAAGAAAUGUCGCAGCAUCGCUGCCCUGGUCACUGCUAUUCAAGUCAAGUGUCCAGAUUUAACUGCGGAAACCAUAGUGAAUCACGAGACCUGGUACAAGAUUUAUCUGAACCUACGCGAGAAACAACGAUCAAGUAUUGAAGAGUGGCGCAAGCAAAAAGAAGAGGAGAAGAUAAAAAAUUGCAAGAGCGAAAUCGGGAUCGAAAGCUUGGAAGACACUUCACGAGAAAAAACGACAUCUAAUAUUACUAAAAAAUUGCCGAUUCGCAUGACUGAUAAAUGUGAUAAAACAAUAACAAAGACUUGGAAUUUUGACAAGGUCAAUAACGCGGAUGGAAAGAAGGAAUUAAUAAAACAGUGGAAAAUUGAGAAAGAAAAUAAACGUUUGGCUGACGAGGAACAGUUAAAGAUUCUGAUCGAGUCGAAACUCGCCAUGCUAGAAAAAAGCAAGAGAGAAAGGUUGAAGAGCAUUCAAGAAGCUUUAACGGAGUAUCGUGAGAGAAAAUCGAUAGAAAUUUCUUCCAAAGCUUUGAAAGACAACUCGAAAACGAGACCAAAAUACAAUCCGAUGUUGAUCAAGGCUUUUAGAAAACAAGAUGAAGAGUACACAAGCAGAAAGAAAAGUUUGAUAGCUACUAAACUACAAAGAUCUAGCAAAAAUCGGAUGGCGAAAAUCGCAAGAUCACAAUUAAUGAAGAAGCGAGAUUACUCGACUUUGUUGAAUGCGACCAAAGUGUGGAGAGAACGAUGCAGAAUUCAAGAUUUUAAAUCGAAUGAACCGAAAAAACUGCAAUACAUUAAGGAUGUUCCGCGUUUAUACGUUCAAUGGAGAAACAAAGAAUCGGAGAUCAAAGAUGCCUUUUCUUUAAAUCAUGAUGUACAUAAUAAGUUAUGAGUAAAUGAGUGUUGAUUUUAUCCAGGAUCGUCCGUUGCAUGUUGUAUAUUCGGCUUUACAAUUAUAUUAUAAACCGCUCUAUAAA